AUGAAAGCUCUGGGAGUCAUUAUCGUUACCUCUCUCGCUGUGGUAGCGCAUGCCGCAGACCUUCCGCGUGCGUCGAGGUUCUACAGGACCACAGAACACAGUAAUGGUCUAAGAAGUUUAUUGGAGAACACAGAGGUGGAGCGGCCUCCAGCGCCGGCAGCUCCAGUGCCUUCAGGCACUGCUCCAGGUGUUUCUAUCCCGGAGGAACCGACGUUCACUCAAGUGAGCACGGAGGAGUACGACGAGUACAGGCGUGGGAUAACGGCAUUACACAAGAUUUUGAAGCCGGAAAAUAUGAAGACUUUGAAGAAGCUCACCGCCAUGUUGAACCAGCAGAACGCCCAUUCGACUACCGCUGACACCACUGGAGCAAUGAGCCCAGAGAAACUGACAGCACUUCUCACGUCGGCGAUGGCAACUCAACCGGAGGGGUUUGAUUUCAACAGUAUGAAUCGCGUGCUCGAGAACUGGCAGCAGCAAAUGUCGCGGGGGCCCUUUGCCAACAUCGUUCCUGCAAUGCCGGCUCCUUCUCCCCAGUUUGUACAGUCGACAGACCCGUUUCCUGCGAUCGCAACAACAAACGUGAUGCCAGGACACUCAACUAUAUAUCCCGCGUUAACAAACUUCGCGCAAGUUGCUCCUGUGCAGUAUUCGGUUCCGCCAAUUCCUUACUUUCAGAUCACACCCCAAGCAGGAUAUCAGUUUGCUCAGGCACAACCAGCCGUGGAGGAGUUCACGUCGCCCCAGCAACUGCUUUCAGUCCAGAUGUGA